AUGAUUGCAGAACUUUUGAUUGAUCCUCAGUUGAAAUGGUGGAUGCUUCUUCCAAUUUCAGUGGCCAUGGUGUUGGUAGGCUUACUCAGAUCCAACGUGACAUACCUUGUUACUCCGAAGCCAAAACUUGAGCCGCUCAAAUCGGCCAGAGAGAAAUCUUUCUUGCAGAGGGUUUCGGGAUUCAAAAGAAAUUUCAAUGUUUUGAAUGCCGAGGAGUUUGAGGCAAGGAGAAACUACUUCAUUGAGAAGUUGAAGAGCACAGAAUACUACGCCAAAAUCGAAGACCCCAACGCUGGGCCACAAAAUCCGUUUGGUGACGCAGCCACCAGUGACGCCUUGAUGAAUAUGGCCAAGGGAAACUUGAUGAGCUAUGUGCCGCAGACUUUGAUCAUGGGCUGGGUCAACUUUUUUUUCGCUGGCUCCAUUGUGAUGAAGCUUCCCUUCCCUUUAACAGAAGGCUUCAAGAGCAUGCUACAAACCGGCGUGAACACGCCCAAUUUGGAUGCCCAGUACGUGUCGGCAAUUUCAUGGUAUUUUGUCAACUUGUUUGGUCUUCGAGGUGUUUAUCUGUUGCUUAUGGACGACCCUGCAGCAGCUGCAGAACUAAUUAACCAGCAACAACAAAAUAUACCCAACAUUGGCGCCCCUGGAGGGCCAAAGGCAGAAAAAGUGUUUAAUGCUGAGGCCGACAGCCUUCAGAUUUUGGACCAUGAAAGUCUUUACACGGGCAUUGCCCAGCGGAUUCUUCAAAAGUACGAUAAGCAAUAG